GAUGUGUCUGAAUAUCAGUCCAAACUAGAAAAAGUCCAGUCUUUUUUCUGCAAUUUUUACAGCUCAGUGUUUGAGAGAUAUUUUCCUUGCUGUCUUGGCAGAGGAAUUGAGUGUAAUCUGAGUCAAUAUUUAUGCAUUAAUCAGCCUGUUGGAAUUCUGGGGCUGCACAUACAAACGUGCUCUCAGCAUGAACCAUGAAUGUCCGUGUUGCUGCAGGCUGGAGUCAUGUUUCUAAGAUCCCCGCAUGAGUUGACAUGAAAUGGCACGCUCCCUCUAAAAUGCACUGCAGAAAUUUUGGAGGAGAGAGAGAGAGAGAGAGAGAAAAAAAUUAAAUAAAAAAUGGACCCGAUAACUUUAACGGCAGGGAAGGAAGAGGGGGAGAAAAAAAACGUCUGGCAACAGUCGAUAUUAAAAACAUGCAGAGGGAGACAAGCUCGGGGCCUUCCAGAGUCAGGAAAAAGACGUCGGAGAGCUGCAGACAGGAGAUGGCCUGAGGCAGGAGAGAACGGUUCCCUGGAGGACAUGGAAGAGGACAUCAGUCUGAAGAAGCGUAAAGGUGAUCAUCAUGGAGAGAAAGUUCUGCAGGCCGGGCCGGAAACUGGCGAAAAGGUCAAAAGGAAGCGAGGGCGCCCACCAGCUGAGAAACUGCCUCCAAAUCCACCUGAGCUCACCAGAACACUGAACACACUGGUCGAUAUGGUUAUCAACUACAAGGACGGGUUGGGUCGACAGAUCAGUAAAGGCUUUGUGCAGCUUCCCUCUAAGAAGGAGGUACCUGAGUACUACGAGCUGAUCCGAAAGCCUGUGGACUUCAGAAGGAUCAGGGAACGUGUGCGUAAUCACAAGUACAGAAGUGUGGGGGAUUUGGAAAAGGAUAUUUUCCUCCUGUGUCACAAUGCUCAGACUUAUAACCUGGAGGGAUCUCAGAUCUAUGAGGAUUCAAUUGUCAUUAAGUCUGUUUUCGAGAGUGCAAGACAGAGAAUUGUCACAGACGAGGAACAGAAGGAGAGUGCUAGUCACAGUGAUAAUGGCGGCAGAGCUGAAGACCAGUUUGUUCCAUCAGCAGUGAAACCAUUACCAGUCCAGCUAAAGAAGGGGACUAAGGAGCAGAGAAGCAGAAAUACCAUGGCCAAGAGGCUCCACAGUGAUUUAGACAGUGAUGAGGAUCUAGAGGAUAACACCACAAAAGAUGAGGGUUGAACUGAGAGGCCCUACAUUUUUUUUUGUAUUCUUGUUCGCGUCUAUUCACUGCCACAUUCCUUUUCAUUGGUUUCUUAAUUUUCUGAGCAAAAGAAGGGUCCUUGAAAAUAAAACAGGAAGUGCCACUCAAAGAGAGGCACUCAUGGAAUAAUGCUUUUUUCAUAUAGAUGAAUCACGCCACUCAAACAUGUCUUGCUGCACAUAGUGCUGUUCUUUUGAUUUAGCUGGUCUUUUACAAUAAUUACAAUUUCCGUUUUAUCUGCCUUAGUCCGUGUGAUUGCUUCUGCAGAUAUUAUGUAAAACUCCAGUUUCACUGACUGUUUUUAUCAAUAUAUUUGAUUGUAUGAAAUGCCUUCAUAUGUCUUGGAGCAUGAUUUGUAUAUCUCUCCUGAAGCCGGCUCCUCUGGAGCAGACCGCUAAUGACGAUGUUGAUGUGUUCAGGGCUACAGAAUCGAAGCACACGGGAAGGUCUUUUUAAAGAAAAUGAGAACAAAUGCACACUGUAAGUGUUUUUAAAAUCUCUGAAUGUGAUUUUGGAGAUCAUACAUCUUUGAUAAAAAAAACCAAAAAAAAAAACCACAGUGGGAGUAUGAAGUCCAAGUGACUCGAUAAAUACUAGUACUAUAGUAUGCCUUUUGUCUGCUUCUGAUACUUUAUGGAAUAAGUUUGGGUCUAAUCAAGGGUACUCAAGUUGAACAUUUGUAUCCCUUGUGCUACAGUAUAUUCACAUAUUGUACAGUUUGUGUGAAGAGUAAGUAAAAACUUAAUUGCUUUUCAUUUACUCUCCUAGUUGUUGGGGAGGAUGGAAGACGUCAUUGUUAAGACAAUCCCUGGAAACAUGUAUCACUUAAACAC